UUCUACACAUUUUACACCAAUCAGCACCAAAACCCUUUCUUUUCGCUUAAUUUUCUUGGGCACAUCUUUUUUUUCCAUUUUCUUAGCAACCUGCAAUCGCGAACCUCUUCACGGCCGACCCGAUUCUCAAUACUACGACAAUUUACUAAUCCAAUUCACAACCCCGACUUCCUUUCACUCUCUAAACGACGACAGUGAAGCCGACAAGAUGAAGUUCCUCAAGGUUGGCCGAGUAGCCAUCAUUACUCGUGGCCGAUAUGCCGGCAAGAAGGUCGUCAUCAUCCAGCCCGUAGACAGUGGCAACAAGCUCCACCCCUACGGCCAUGCUCUCGUCGCCGGUAUUGAGCGCUACCCAUCCAAGAUCACCCGACGCAUGUCCAAGACGCGACAGGAGAAGCGAUCCAAGAUCAAGCCUUUCGUCAAGGCCAUCAACUACAACCAUCUCAUGCCUACUCGUUACACACUCGAACUCGAGGGCCUGAAGGGUGUCAUUUCUACCGACACCUUCAAGGAGGUCAGCCAGCGGGAGGAUGCUAAGAAGAACGUCAAGAAGGUCCUAGAGGAGCGCUACACAAGCGGGAAGAACCGAUGGUUCUUCACACCUCUGAAAUUCUAAAUCCUCUCGUCUGCAUAAACUUACGUCGUUCGGUCUAAGGGGGGUUCGGUCUGGGAUGUAAAUCGCAUCAUCAAAUGGCAUUAGGAGCCUUUAGGGUCUUUGCUCUGAAUUCAGAAUCAUGAAAAAAAUGAAUACACUUGACGAAUGAACUCGUCCGCUUUUCCGUCUGUCAACUCGUAUGAUGAUGAUAUCCAUGAUGAUAUCCAUGACGAUAUCUAUGAUGUAUCUGCCUUAAUUCCCGAUGAUAGUAAUACACCAUCGCCAACAUGGUAUAAUACGCAACGACGAGACCAAGAAGAUCCCCUACAUAGAAUCAAGGAAUCUAAACAAACCCAAUUAUUCAGAGUAUCGUAGCGAGAAGCAGUUCUUAUAAUGCCGAUGUACCAACUCCCUACCUCCUCACCACCCUUCCCAGCUGGUGGAUGUACCUGUCAAAACAGCAUUAUGCCUGCCUACCUAGUACUAUACUCAACAUACGAAGGUAGGACCUGGUAGGUAGGCGUGUAUGUCACUUUCAGUCGACUACAAACUUGCUACCUACAUACCUACAUACGUACCUAUAUAGUUAUGGAUAGCCUAAACUCGAU